GUUUCGAUUUGGAUCCUUCAGUGCGAGUGACGACAAUCUCUGCAGUUCUGGGACAGCUGUUCAUGUCCUUAUCAAUCUUCGGAUGUCAACAGAACUUUGUUCAAAGAUACUGCAGCAUGGAUUCGAAGAAGCAAGUGACGAAGACUUUAAUGUUCAAUAUACCAGUAAUAACUGUGCUGUUCAGUUUAUCGUGGAUCGUCGGGAUGGUCGUGUACGCAAUCUACGCGAAUUGCGACCCCCUGAGCAGCGGAUACAUAAAAAAGUACGACGAGAUUCUGCCCUUCUUCGUCGAGGAUCGCUUCAACUAUUUACCAGGCGUUAUGGGUCUCUUCAUGGCGAGCCUCUUCAACGGCGCACUGAGCUUGAACGUGUCUAAUUUGAAUUCUUUGGCUACUGUGACUUUCGAGGAUUUCUUGAGGCCGAUUCCUGCUAUGAAGGGAAUGCAGGAUAAGCAUCAGCUGUACGCUAUUAAGACUAUUGGAGUCGUUUACGGAUUCGUCAUCAUGGGAAUCAGUUUUGGUGUUAGUCUGCUCUCUGGUGUUAUCGAAUCUUCGAUUCUUGUAACUUCGGCCACGUCAGGUCCUUUGUUGGGAGUCUUCAUCUUAGCCAUGCUUAUACCUGCUUGCAACUGGAAGGGUGCAGCGACUGGGGUGAUUGCCGGCCACUUGUUUACCCUCUGGAUCACCUUCGGUGGCCUCACGGUCGAGAAACCCCCUGCAAAGUUGCUCACUUUGAGCACGGAUGGAUGCAGCAACAGCUCAUUUAAUCCGCACAUCCUCAAGCACGUCCAACCGUGGCCAGUCACCAAUUCCUUCGAAUUCAUCAACCACACCAACCAGCAUAACGCAUACAACACCUAUCAACUUCUAAACGCAACCAAAUUUGAAGACAGGUAAAGUAUAAUUCUUUUU